CGGCCCUUUCGUCGCUCGCGCCUGCGCCUGAGCCCUACGGUUUCCGGCGCGCCGCCCCCCGGCCCGCGACCCCGGCCGGCGCGCGCCAUGGAGCCGGGCCGCGGCGGCGUCGAGACCGUGGGCAAGUUCGAGUUCUCCCGCAAGGACCUGAUCGGUCAUGGCGCCUUCGCGGUGGUCUUCAAGGGACGCCACCGCGAGAAGCACGACCUGGAGGUUGCCGUCAAAUGUAUUAAUAAGAAGAACCUCGCCAAGUCCCAGACACUGCUGGGAAAGGAAAUCAAAAUCCUCAAGGAACUAAAGCAUGAAAACAUUGUGGCGUUGUAUGACUUCCAGGAGAUGGCCAAUUCUGUCUACCUGGUCAUGGAGUACUGUAAUGGUGGAGACCUGGCUGAUUACCUACACACCAUGCGUACACUGAGUGAAGACACUGUCAGGCUGUUCCUACAGCAGAUUGCUGGUGCCAUGCAGCUGCUACACAGCAAGGGCAUCAUCCACCGAGAUUUGAAGCCCCAGAACAUCCUGCUCUCCAACCCUGGGGGACGCCGUGCCAAUCCCAGCAACAUUCGUGUCAAGAUUGGACAUCUGGGUGCUUCUUCUACAGCUGACUUUGGAUUUGCGAGGUACCUCCAGAGCAAUAUGAUGGCGGCCACACUCUGCGGCUCUCCCAUGUACAUGGCCCCUGAGGUCAUCAUGUCCCAGCACUAUGAUGGGAAAGCUGACCUUUGGAGCAUCGGCACCAUCGUUUAUCAGUGUCUGACUGGGAAGGCCCCUUUCCAGGCCAGCAGUCCUCAGGACCUGCGUCUGUUUUAUGAGAAGAACAAGACACUGGUCCCUGUCAUUCCACGAGAGACGUCGGCUCCUCUGCGGCAGCUGCUCCUGGCUCUGUUGCAACGCAACCACAAGGACCGAAUGGAUUUUGAUGAGUUUUUCCACCACCCUUUCUUGGAUGCCAACGCGUCCAUCAAGAAGUCCCCUCCAGUGCCUGUACCUUCUUACCCAAGUUCGGGGUCUGGUAGCAGCUCUAGCAGCAGUUCUGCUUCCCACCUGGCCUCCCCACCGUCCCUGGGAGAAAUGCCACAGCUGCAGAAGACGCUUACCUCCCCAGCUGAUGCUGCUGGCUUCCUGCAUGGUUCCCGGGACUCUGGUGGCAGCAGCAAAGACUCUUGUGACACAGAUGACUUUGUCAUGGUCCCAGCCCAGUUUCCAGGUGACCUAGUAGCUGAAGCAGCAAGUGCCAAGCCUCCGCCUGACAGCCUGCUGUGCAGCGGGAGCUCACUGGUGGCCUCUGCUGGCCUGGAGAGCCAUGGUCGCACCCCAUCUCCCUCUCCAACCUGCAGCAGCUCUCCCAGCCCCUCUGGCCGGGCUGGCCCCUUCUCCAGCAGCAGGUAUGGUGCCUCGGUCCCCAUUCCUGUCCCCACUCAGGUACACAAUUACCAGCGCAUUGAGCAGAACCUGCAGUCACCCACCCAGCACCAGAUAACCCGGUCCUCUGCCAUCCGAAGGUCAGGCAGUACCAGCCCCCUGGGCUUUGCUCGGGCCAGCCCGUCACCCCCUUCCCAUGCUGAUGGAACUAUGCUGGCCAGGAAGUUGUCACUGGGUGGUGGCCGCCCCUACACACCAUCUCCCCAAGUGGGAACCAUCCCUGAGCGACCCAGCUGGAACAGAGUGCCCUCCCCACAAGGAGCUGAGAUGCGGCCUGGCAGGUCACCACGACCAGGCUCCUCUGUGCCUGAGAACUCCCCAAGAACCACCGGUUUGGGCUGCCGCCUACACAGCGCCCCCAACCUGUCUGACCUCUAUGUUGUGCGCCCGAAGCUACCCAAGCCCCCAACAGACCCGCUGGGAACUGCCUUCAGUCCGCCUCAGGCCAGCACACCCCAGCCAUGCCCAGUGUUGCAGUCCUGCCGGCCCCUUCGUGGCUCACCCAAGCUGCCUGACUUCCUGCAGCGGAGCCCCCUGCCCCCCAUCCUGGGCUCUCCCACCAAGGCUGGGCCUUCAUUCGACUUCCCCAAGGCCCCCAGCUCUCAGAACUUGCUGACCCUGUUGGCCCGGCAGGGUGUGGUGAUGACACCUCCUCGGAACCGCACAUUGCCUGACCUCUCAGAGGCAGGGCCCUUCCAGGGACAGCAGCUGGGACCUGGCCUGCGGCCUGCCGAAGAUACCAGGGGCCCCUUUGGCCGGUCCUUCAGUACCAGCCGCCUUACAGACCUACUGCUUAAGGCUGCCUUUGGAACACAAGCCUCAGACUCAGGCAGCACUGACAGUCUGCAGGAAAAGCCCAUGGAGAUUGCACCCUCUGCUGGCUUUGGAGGGAACCUGCAUCCAGGAGCCCGUGCUGGGGGUGCCAGCAGCCCGGCACCUGUGGUGUUCACCGUGGGUUCCCCACCCAGUGGAACCACACCACCCCAGGGCACCCGAACCAGGAUGUUCUCAGUGGGCUCUUCCAGCUCCCUGGGCUCUGCUGGCUCCUGCUCUGCCCGCCACCUGGUGGCUGGGGCCUGUGGUGAGGCCCCUGAGCUUUCUGCCCCAGGCCACUGCUGCAGCUUUGCUGAUCCUCUUGCUGCCAACCUGGAGGGGGCUGUGACGUUUGAGGCUCCUGACCUUCCUGAGGAGACUCUUAUGGAGCAAGAGCACACAGAGACCUUGCACAGUCUGCGCUUCACACUGGCAUUUGUGCAGCAAGUUCUGGAGAUUGCGGCCUUGAAGGGUAGUGCCAGUGAGGCAGCUGGGGGCCCUGUGUACCAGCUUCAGGAGAGCGUGGUGGCUGACCAGAUUAGCCAGCUGAGCCGAGAGUGGGGUUUUGCUGAGCAGCUGGUGCUGUACUUGAAGGUGGCUGAGCUGCUGUCCUCAGGCCUACAGACCGCCAUUGAUCAGAUCCGAGCUGGCAAGCUUUGCCUGUCGUCCACUGUGAAGCAGGUGGUACGCAGACUGAACGAGCUAUAUAAGGCCAGUGUGGUGUCCUGCCAGGGCCUCAGCCUGCGGUUGCAGCGCUUCUUCCUGGACAAGCAACGGCUCCUGGAUGGCAUCCAUGGUGUCACCGCUGAGAGGCUUAUCCUCAGCCAUGCUGUGCAGAUGGUACAGUCGGCUGCCCUAGAUGAGAUGUUCCAGCACCGAGAGGGCUGUGUACCACGCUAUCAUAAGGCCCUGCUGUUGCUAGAGGGUCUACAACACACACUCACGGACCAGGCAGACAUAGAGAACAUAGCCAAGUGCAAGCUAUGCAUUGAGCGGAGACUUUCGGCCCUGCUGAGUGGCAUCUGUGCCUAACUGCCUGCUGCUGGCCUGCUGGGCCCUUGGAGAUGGAUUCCCUCUGCCACCCUAUUGGGUGGGGUCUGAAAACUAGCAGACUGUCCACUGACACUGAUCUGAUGGUGCUGAGCCUGCUCUCCUGUCAACUCUGGCAGACACGCUGGGUGGUGGAGCUGUGGCAUCAGAGCCCUGCAGCCUGGUGUAAUUUUUGCUUCCUAGGUUGCUGGUAUCUGCUAGUAGGUGAACAUUAGGGUGCCAGGGACAGCUCUUUUGCCCACUGGGGCAGGAGUUUCUGAACUUAUCCUCCCUAGACAAGCAGGCAUGGCACUGAGAAUUUUACCAUCUGGUCUACCACCUCACUGGUGAGUGUGGGCACAUGCCAACUUCAGAACCCAGGGCAGCCCCAAGGACAGGCAAGACCCUGAGACUGUUGCUGACUUCAAGCCAAAGCGAGCUUUCCUCAUGGCUCACUUGCCCCAUUGCUCGCCCAAGAAAAAGGGGUGUGGCUUUUUGGCCUCCCCAUCUCUCUAGGAACCUCUCCCUCUGAGGCUACUCACCCAGCUUUGUAAGUCACCGGAGCACUUUAUGCAGAUAGAGACUGGAGAACCCUGGCCAGCAGUGCAGACUGCUGGGAACCCACCUCCUGAUCCAGCUCUUGCCCUCUGAGAUGCUGUACAGAUGCAGACUAUGUCUAUGUGUAUAAAUAGCCCAUUGUGCACCUCCACCUGUGUCUGGUCCUUGGAGGAAAACAACUGGCUUGACUCCUAGGGGAAAGACACAGUUCUCAUGUUUAAAUGUUUUUUAGGGAGUCAGCAUAAAGCACCAAGCUUGUUAAACACAGAACAGAUGUCAUUGCCUUCCACACUGUACUCGUAAAAUGUGUUAUUUUUCUGCAGCUUAAUUUUUCUUCAAAGAAGAAAGCUUUCAGAUAUCUAAGAGAUUGCUUUGGAAGGAUGGUCAGGGCAGACCACUGCUCUGAAUGCUACCCAUAGGUGAAAUGGUGCCAGCUGUGUGGCUGAGGGUGGGAUGAGGCUGUUCUCCAGGCUGCCUGCUGCAGUGUGCAUAUGAAAGUAUGUGGCUGGCUGUCCACACCAACCUUCCCUGUGGGGUGGCAGAAUGGGCAGUGCCCAGCUGCCACCCUGCCCAUACAAUGGGCAGGUGAAGGUAAAAAGUAACAUAUGCAAAGAUAUCACCAUUGAUCUUUCUUAACAGUCUGGCUUCUGUGCCCAGUGGCCCUCAGGGUCUGUGCUGAAGCUUGUCUUCCAGGCUCCAGGGUGGGCACAGGCUGGACACUUGUCUAACUUCCCUGGUCUGUCAGCUCUGCUCUGCCUAUGCAUACUUGAACGUAUCCCUGAACGUCCAGUGGGCAGAGGUGGAUUUGCAGGUCCCCGGCAAGGGUUCAGUUACAGGCCACAUGCAUAUAUGAAAACAUGUGUUUUUGUAAUACUUGAAAUAUUGCCACAGUGCUUGGGUGUACAAGAAAAGCAGAUCCCCAAGACUAGCUUCCUCUCUUGUCUCCCCAUGACCUCAUUUGCAUGUAACAUGUUGUAUUUAUUGCUUUGAGGCCAACUGGAAUCCAGAGCCACCAGGGAGGCAGGUGUAGGGGUGGCCCUCACCUGCCUCCUUGUGGCUCCUGGGUGGCCAUGUAUGUGUGUGGCAGGUUGUGUGGCAUGAGCCAGACCUCUCCAAGGCAGUGUUCAGCCCCUGUCAAUUUUCAAAUGAAUUGUGUGUGAGGUCCCCCCCCCCUUUUACGUUUCACUGUGUAACAUCGGUUUAAGGAAAUAAAAUUUGGAAUUGUU